CUACGAUGGGCCUGCGCGACUCGACCCGCAAGCUCCUGUGCAAGUUCGGCGCGCGCGACAAGAAGCAGCAGGAGGAGGCCGAGCAGCUGCAGCCCGUGGCGCUCGCGGGCGCCAGCAAGCGCUGCACGAACCGCUCGGAGCUCUGCAGCUCGUUCGCCGCCACCGUCGUGACCCGCGAGGAGCUCGAGGGCCGGCGGAAGGCCGCGAGCGAGGGCUGCGCCAACUAUGAGCAGUGCGGCAUGUGCACGCGCAGCUUCGUGGCCGGCACCAGCCGCUACACGGGCUUCUGCUCGCUGGACUGCAGGUCGGCGUCGCUCUACACGCAGUCCGCGCGCGUCUACCGGGGCCGCUACCGAGACGCCUGAACAACCAGCAAGAACUUCUUCAUCAUCCACCGAGCGGACACUAUUAACUUACAUGUGGAAGCGGAGCGCAGUGACUGGGG